AUGGGAAAGAGCAAAAAAAAGAGUCGCUUUUGAUGUUGUUAAGCGUAUUUAUCAGUGUGUCCUGUCUCAAUUUUUUUUACUAUGUAAAGAAAACAAAACAAAAGAAAUUCCACUUCCUAUUAUUAUUAUUAUUAUAAAAAGAAAAAGAAAUUGUGUGUAUUUCUACUUUUCCCACCUCCUCCCAUUUAUCAUCUUACAUCUCUUUUGGAUCUUCUUCUUCAACACUGACAUAACCUAAUAAUCUUACUCAGAUUUCAUCAUCUUUGUCUUUUUUUUUUUAAUUUUCAAAUUCUCAUUUUGUUUUUUCCCAUAAAAUUUAUACACCCAUUCUUUGUAUUUUUAUCAGAGUUGCUGAUUUUUUUGCAAAAUGCUUGGUCUGUAGUCCUUGUGGCAUGCUUGAUGUGAAUUGGGUUGAGAUAUAAGGGUGGGCUUAAGAAGGAGACUGAUGCAAAUUGGGUUAUAGUAGUAGCUGGUACUUGGCAUUCAUCGUUGAAAUGACUGCUGAUAGAGAUAUUGUCGAAGACGGUCUUUGCCAGGAUUUGGAGUCUCUGAGUGUGUCAAGAAAGCUUGUAAGAAGUGUCAGCCAGAAAUUACGGAAGAAGAGAAUUCACAGAAGUGCCGGGGAUGAAGAGGAAACUGCUAAUGGGUUUUCUUUGAGAUGCCUCACUUUGUAUGGAAGAGGUGGAGGUUGUAAAGUAGGGGCUGACACCAGUGAAGAGUUUGGAGACUCAAGCAAUAGGAGGAGGUCAAGUGCUAGUGAAGAAGGGAAAGGAUUUAAACCCAUAUGCGGGGCUGAGGAAACUGGAGUUGACUGCUUCUCGUAUGGAAGGAAGGAUCGUUUUUGGAAGCGAAGUAAUAGAAAGGAGUUAGAGUACGAGGGAUCUAACAGAAACAGCAGAAUAAAUCUAUCACUUCCAGAUGAUAUCUUAGAGAUGUGUUUAAUGAGACUUCCUUUAUCAAGUCUCAUGAAUGCCCGUCUUGUGUGUAAAAGAUGGAAUAACUUGACAACAACUCCUCGAUUUAUGCAGAUGCGGAGUGAGGGUCUUUAUCAAACUCCAUGGCUAUUUGUUUUUGGUGCUGUUAAAGAAGGUUAUUGCACUGGGGAGAUUCACGUGCUUGAUGUAUCUCUUAAUCAGUGGCACAACAUAAAUGCUGAAGUUCUCAGAGGAAGGUUCAUGUAUUCUGUUGCCAGCAUGAGGGAUGAGAUUUUCAUUGUUGGAGGCUGUUCCAGUCUGACUAGUUUUGGAAGGGUAGAUAGAAGUUCUUUCAAGACACAUAAGAGUAUGUUGGUUUUUAGCCCCUCGACAAAAUCUUGGCGUAAAGUUGCGUCUAUGAAGUAUGCUAGGUCAUCCCCCAUUCUUGGGAUUUCUGAGGUAAGUCUAGACUGUCCAGUCGUGCAUAGUCAGUCAAAUCGUCAAGAUCGGCGUUUUCCAAGGUCAAGGCUUGGUGGGGUCUCCGAUGUAUAUGAGGAUCCCCACCGACUCUCUGUCAGACGACAGCUGAGAAACUUGUCUGAUGAAAAUGCUGGUUUUUUGGCUCCAAUGAAAAAACAAUGCAGGCCUUUGAGACAUAGGAGUGAGACUUCAAGCCUAAGGGAAAGUAAGAGGUUUGUGCUGAUUGCUAUUGGUGGUCUUGGUUCUUGGGAUGAGCCUCUAGAUUCUGGAGAGUUAUAUGACUCUGUAUCAAAUAAAUGGAUUGAAAUUCCAAAACUUCCUGUAGAUUUUGGCAUUGUUUGUUCCGGAGUGGUUUGUAACGGGACAUUCUUUGUCUAUUCAGAGUCUGACAAGCUUGCUGGCUAUGAUGUAGAAAGAGGAUUCUGGACUGUUGUUCAGACAACCCCUUCACCUCCUCGUGUUCAUGAAUAUUACCCCAAACUUGUUUCUUGCAAUAGCCGUUUGUUCAUGCUUUCUGUUUCAUGGUGUGAAGGAGAUGGUCAGAUAGGUAGGAGAAACAAAGCCAUUCGAAAGAUGUGGGAGCUCGACCUUAUGUAUCUUGCUUGGAUUGAGGUAUCAGUACAUCCUGAUGCCCCUAUGGAUUGGAAUGCUGCAUUUGUUGCUGAUAAAAACCUCAUCUUUGGAGUUGAAAUGUUCAAAAUAUUUGGGCAAGUUUUGGACUUCUUUACCAUUUGCAAUGUAUCCGACAAGGUCAUGAAAUGGAGUCAUAUAUCAAGAAAUCGUGUGGCUCUUGAACUUGAUGCAUCUUCGUGUGUGACGAAAACUAUCAUGGCUAUACAUCUCUGACCCUGCUUCAGAGUUCAGCCAUAUAAACAAUGCCAGAAACAUAUGAAAGAAUUGUGCCAAAAUUGGCCCGAUUUAGGUGAGUUUUAUGAAAGUCUUCGAUACCCUGUAGACAAUUACAUUGUUUGGCAUGCUUAAUAUGCAAUUUACAUGCCCAUGUAUUGUAGUAUGUUACAGUUUGAUCAGGCACAGUUUUUUUUUCCCCUUACAAAAGUGUAUGGUUUUUCCUAUUAAUACCAAUCAAGCUGGAUCCUUAGUGGAAAUGUAUGUUGGUUGAAUUAUGACAGAAAGUGGACAGUUGUUGGUAUUAGUUUUGUUAUUAUGAAGGCCUCAAAUCAUAAUUAUUUACUAAUUGAAUGUAAGAUGUCCUUUCCUGA